GUCUCUGUAUAUCAGAUGGCUCCCAGGGAAUCAUCUGUGGCCCUGGGCAUGGUGUCCUUGAUGGUGCAUUUCCACUGGACCUGGGUGGGGUUGGUCAUCUCUGAGGACACCAGGGGCAUUCAAUUCCUGUGGGAUAUAAGAGAUGAAAUGAACAAGAACGAGGUCUGUGUGGCCUUUGUGGAAAUGCUCUCUGUCAUGGGCAGGACGUAUGCAUCACUUGAGUGGCAAUAUCACCUUAGAAUCCGAAACUCAACUGCAAAUGUAGUGGUCAUUUAUGGUGACACGGACUCAUUAAUGAGCCUGAGCUUCUCGAGAUACAAGCUCCUCGUGACGUGGAAAGUGUGGAUCACAACAUCACAGUGGGAUUUCGUCACUGGUGAGAAUGAGGUCAUGAUGAACACAUUCCAUGGGACUUUGAGUUUUUCACACUCCCAUGAUGAAAUCCCUGGUUUCAAGCAUUUUCUCAAGACAGUGACUCCUUCUAAGUACCCAGAAGACUUUUACCUCAGUAAAUUUUGGUAUCUCUAUUUCCCCUGCUCGAUUUCAAUGUCCGACUGUGAGACGUUGCAGGGCUGUCCCGCGAAUGCCUCUCUGGAGGAUCUGCCAGUGCACGUCUUUGACAUGAGCAUGUCUGAAGGGAGUUACCACAUCUACAACGCCGUGCAUGCUGUGGCCCACACCCUUCAUGAAAUGCUUCUUCAGCGGGUAGAGGUGCAGCCAGUGAGGAAUGGAGAUGGGUUGACGGUGUACCCCUGGCAGCUUAACUCCUUUCUGAAGACCAUCAAAUUUAACAACAGUGUUGGUGAUGAAGUGAAUCUGGAUCAGCAACGAGUUUCUAGGAAAGACUAUGACAUUCUCAACUAUUGGAAUUUCCCUCAAGGCCUUCAACUCCAGGUGAAGGUUGGAAAGUUUUCACCACGGGCUCCACAUGGUCACCGUCUUUCCAUAUCUGAGGAGAUGAUAGAGUGGAAUGUGGAGUUUACAGAGAUUCCCCAUUCUGUGUGCAGUGAGAGCUGUGGCCCAGGAUUCUGGAAGACCCACCAGGAGGGACAGGCUGCCUGUUGCUAUGACUGUACCCCUUGUCCAGAGAAUGAGAUUUCUAAUGAGACAGAUGUGGAGCAGUGUGUGCGCUGUCUAGAUGACCAGUAACCAAAUCCUGCACGGGAUCGGUGCCUGCCCAAGGUCGUGGUGUUCCUGGCCUAUGAAGACCCGUUAGGAGCAGCACUGGCCGGGGUGGCUCUUUGCUUCUCUGUGCUCACUGCUCUGGUACUCGGGCUGUUUGUGAAGCACAGAAACACUCCCCUAGUCAAGGCCAAUAACCGCAACCUCAGCUACACCCUGCUCGCCUCCCUCUGUCUGUGCUUCCUCUGCUCCCUGCUUUUCCUUGGCCGUCCCAACACAGCCACCUGCAUCCUCCAGCAGACCACGUUUGCCAUCGUGUUCACAGUGGCUGUGUCCACCAUCUUGGCUAAAACCAUCACCGUGGUCCUGGCUUUCAAGGCCACAGCACCGGGGAAGAGGAUGAGGCAGUGGUUUGUGUCUGGGGCACCUAACUCCGUCAUUCCCAUCUGCUCCCUCCUCCAAGUGGUGCUCUGUGGAAUCUGGCUGGGAACGUGUCCUCCCUUCAUUGACACAGACACACAUGCUGAGCCUCAGCAGCUCCUGGCCCUGUGCAACAAGGGCUCUGCCACUCUCUUCUACCUCGUGCUGGGAUACCUGGGGUCCCUGGCUCUGGGCAGCUUCUCAGUGGCUUUCUUGGCCAGGAGUCUGCCUGAUACAUUCAAUGAAGCCAAACACUUGACGUUCAGCAUGCUGGUGUUCUGUAGUGUGUGGGUGACCUUCAUUCCCGUGUAUAAUAGCACCAAGGGGAAGGUCAUGGUGGCUGUGGAGGUCUUCUCCAUCUUGGCCUCCAGUGCGGGACUCCUGGGCUGCAUCUUUGCCCCCAAGUGCUACAUCCUUCUGGUCCGGCCGAACAGGAAUGUUUUACGAGGAAUAAAGGAGAAAGCAAGGUCUAGGGGACCAUAA